GUUAUGUUGUUGAUGUCUAUAUGCGCCUUGUUUUCAUUUUUCACGUCCUGUUGUUCUUUCGCUCCUCAAAAACAUCUUUCACCUGCAGUAUUUUCAAUCAAUCGUGUGAAUCUCUCGUUCGUGUUGAAGCUUUUGACUUGGUAAGCGUACGUGUCCUUGCUUUCAACUACUAUCUCUGGCCCGGUGUUGCAAAUCGCGAUGUAGCACACUCAUAUUUCACUCAUUUCCUUUGCACAUUGAUUCUAGAGGAUGAUUGAUUCAUAGCUUACUAUUUGUAUUUUUUAUUCCACCAAAAAUGGAC